AUGCCAGCUCCUUCGGUCGCCGCGGCUCCGAAUGCCAGCACUCCUCUCCUACGCGACACAUGGCCGGAGGGGCGUGACGACGACGACGACGAGGCCACGCCCGUGCUCGAAGUGCCGCCGUCGACGGUCCUCGUCAUCAUGUGCACGUCGUGGCUCGGCAUCUUCAUCGCCGCCAUGGACGCCACCGUCGUCGCCACGCUCGCCGGCCCCAUCAGCAGCGACCUGCGCUCCCUCUCGACGCUGUCGUGGAUCGCGACGGCGUACCUCGUCGGCAGCGCCGCGUCGCAGCCGCUCUGCGGGCGGCUGACGGACGUGCUCGGGCGCGGACCGGGGCUCGUAGCCAGCCACGCGCUCUUCGCGAGCGGCAACCUCGCGUGCGGGCUGGCACGGGCCCCCCACGCCAUGGUACUCGGACGGGCCGUCGCGGGCGUCGGCGGCGGCGGCCUCACGUGCAUCGCGGCGCUCCUCGCGUCGGACCUGAUCCCGCUGCGCCGCCGCGGCGUCUUCCAGGGCGUGGCGAACCUGUGGUACGGCGCGGGGGCCAUGGUCGGGGGCGUGGCGGGCGGGCUGCUGUACGAUCGGACAGCGCUCGGCUGGCGGUGGGCGUUUCUGGCGCAGGUGCCGCCGUCGGUGCUCUGCGCAGCGGCGGCGUGGCUGCUUGUCGGCGGCGCGGUGCCGCCGAAGCAGUCGGACCGGAGCUUGCUCGCGCGCAUCGACUACACGGGCGCGCUGCUCACCGUGUCCUUUGUGGUGCUGCUGCUGCUGGGGCUCAGCGCGGGCGUGCCGUGGACGCACCCGCUGCCGCUGACGGCGGUGCCGCUCGCGCUGCUGCUGCUGGCCGCGUUUGUGUGGUGGGAGGGCCGGCGCGCGGCGCAGCCCAUCAUCCCGGUGCGGCUGCUGGGCGACCCGACGGUGCUCGCGGCGUGUGCCAUUAGCGCGCUCAGCGUCGGCGUCAUGAUGGCGGCGCUCUUCUACGUGCCGCUGUACCUGCAGGUGCGCGGCGAGACGGCGACCAUGGCCGGCGUCAAGCUGCUGUGCGCGCCCGCGAGCAUGCCGCUCGGCGCCAUGGCCGUCGGCUACACCAUGACCGUCACCGGCCGCUACGUCGGGCUGACGGCCGCGAGCAUCCUCGUCAUGGGCGCCGGCGUCGCCGUCUUCACCGCCCAGCACGACCGCAGCAGCCACUGGCUGACGUACACCGGCUUGUUCCUGCUCGGCGGCGGGUACACGGGCGUGCUGACGACGACGCAGAUUGCGUGCAUUGCGGCCGUGGAGCAUGCGCAGCAGGCCGUCGUCACCUCAGCCAUGUACUUGGCUCGCAGCCUGGGCGGCACGAUAGGCCUCGCGGUCGCAUCGGCAGUCUAUCAGAACGCACUGAGAACCGGGCUGUGGCAGGCUUUCGAGGGAAGACCGGAUGCCGGUGAGCAAAUUCGGCGCAUUCUAGACCAUCUGGGGUAUUUGGAGCAGCUGCCGCCAGACUGGCGGGCGGGCGCGACCAAGGCAUUUAUGGAUGCCUUUCAUGCCACUUGGCUUGCCAUGCUUGUCUGGGCUGUGUUGAAUCUCGUCUGCGUGUAUCCAAUGAAGAAUCAUAAGCUUCAUUCGACGUUGAAGCGGUAA